CGGGACCCGAUAUAUAAAAGGCUCUUCCUUCGGUUCUUCGCAUUCGGGCUACACACUCAGUAAGAGUGGCUGGUGCAACGCUAACUUCAUAAUCAAACCCAGUUCCAGGUCCCAUGCCAUCUCAACCGUAAGAGAAGCUAAAUUAUUGGGAGAGCCAAACCUUUUUGUGAAGAUGCCCGGAACUUCAGCAUUAUUCUUGAUCCUUCUCGGAAUAGGACUAUAUCCCAUUAGGGAGACGCAUGGAGAAGAAAACGAUGAAACUGAGAUGUAUAUCGCGAAGGAGGACGAGAAUGAGGAUCUGCAGAGAUUUUACAAUCCUUUCCCCAAAUGCCAUGACACUGGCUGUGCCGAACACACGGGAGGGAAGUGCGGCAAUUGGUCGAAGAACGAUCCAUGUCUCUUCAGACUCCAAGACGAAAACCUGUGCUCCUCACUGAUGAAACCAGAAUGCAGCUGUUGUAUUCCUUGUAUGGGUCGAUGUGAAAAUGGAGGCAUGUGCAGAGACAAAUGCAAUCCCCAUGAGCACGAGGAUCCACAGUCCACCUGCGGGGAGAGCUGCAAGUGCUGCUUCCCAAAAAAUCCUUGCGAGGGAAUGUGUGGCGAGGGAGGAACGUGCAGAGCUGAAGUCUGUCUUCCGAGCGAAGAGGAAGUGCCCGGGAAGUGUCCUUCGCAAGGCUGUAUUUGUUGCCGGAAGAAGCCGUGCACAGGAGGCCCCUGCGGACAAGGCGGGAUUUGCAGGGACGAAUGCAUCUUCCCCGAGUACAAACAACCCUUCUUCAGGUGCCCCGAAGGGAACUGCAAAUGCUGCUACACAGCGAGUGCUAGCCGCUGCGGAGACCCCUGUGGAGGCGUCGCAGGAGGAACCUGCAAAGAACAUUGCGACCACGACGAAGAGAAGCUCUUGCAAGGCUGCGGAGGGAAAGAGUGCUCUUGUUGCAAGAAGAAACACAGUUGCCGAGGGAAAUGUGGCAAGGGACACGCUUUCCACUGCUCGAAUUCCUGUCCAAAGGACAGACGAGUCAAAGGAUAUUGCCACGGUUCCAGCUGCACCUGUUGUGACAUGAACAGUUCGACAACUACGACACCAUACAUAACGCAUUCGAUCUUUCCAACGUCAUCAAAAGCAACGAGGGGGCAUAAACGUGGCCCACCAGUUACGAAAAAUGAUGACGAUUCAACAACAGGGAAUGAAUAUUCUACGACAACUUGGGAUGAAAAUCCAUCAAUGACGGAAAGUGAACAUACAGCAUCCUGGGGAAAUGAACAUUCUACAAAAGCAGAAUAUGGACAUUCAUCAACAAGAACGCCGGGAAAUGAAGAAUCUACUACACAAGAAAAUGAAUCUCCAACAAAAACAGAUGAAUUUUUUACAACAUGGAUACAUUUGGCAACUGGAAAUGAAGACUCUACCACAACAGAAAAUUAACAUUCACCAACAGCAGGCAACGGACAUAUAUGCAAAAUCGAUUAAUUCAUUUUCACAUCUGCAAAUUAUACCCUCUAAAGCAAUAAAAAGGACGAACCACUUCCCGAUACCGGGGAAGAUUAUCACUGCACAUAAAAGACUAAAGAAAGAUGCUGUUUUUACCACAUCAUCUGUAACAACAAGGCUGUACUUGGCAAUAUAUGAAAAUGACAUCAUAUCGUAAUAAAUAGUAAACAAAGCAAGAUCAUAUAUUUUUAAAUAAAAGCUGUCGCAUUACGUUACUAUAAGUAAAGUUAAAUACUAUCAGAAAUAAUUUACCAUUCUGGAGAAAUACUGCAUAUUAGAAUUAAACGAUCCUGUUGCAACAAUAUAAUAUAUAUAUAUAUAUAUAUAUAUAUAUAUAUAUAUAUAUAUAUAUAUAUAUAUAUAUAUAUAUAAUGUAAGUGCUUUUAUUAUUUGCAACGAUAUGCAAGGGAAAAUCGACCCGUUGACACAGAACUGUCUUACUGACCUAUCCGCCUGCUUCACGACAAGCAAUAAGAUUUGCUACUAAUUCAUCAUCUCAUUGUUAUUACCACAACUUCUAAUAGUAUUAUCAAUAUCAUUCCAAUUACUUUGAUACAUACAGAUGCUACCUUUAUUUUUAGUGUUAUUAUAUGACUACGAAACUGACAAUGUGAGGAGUUGUACGAGUAGCAUUUUGAAAUGAUCCGUCAUAAAACUAUGUACAUAAUGUCUUUGGCCAUUCCACAUGCCACCUGUAAAAUGCAUUAAAAUUCAACAUAAGCAGAAUAAAAACUGAAUCUUA